UAGUGCAUACUUACUGCUCCACGGCUCCUUCACGUUGCCCGAUUAUCGACUCCCAGCCGGAUCUGUUAGGGACUUCGUUUGGGAAUCGCGCUGCCGCGCACCGGUAAGCAUGUCGGACAACGAGAUGGAGGUGGAGGAGCAGCAGGAGGAGCAGCAGGCUGGGCCUAGCAAGCGGGGCAACAAGUCAGGCAAGCGCUUCGAGAUUAAGAAGUGGAACGCUGUGGCGAUGUGGAGCUGGGCGAUUUGCACCGAUACAUGCGCCAUCUGCCGUAACAACCUCUACGAGCCCAGCAUUGAGUACCAAGCAAACCCAACUGGAGACCCAGAUCACCCCGGCCUGAGCAUUGCAUGGGGAGUCUGCGGGCAUGUCUUCCACCUGGACUGCAUUCAGCGAUGGCUCAAAACGCGUAGCGCCUGCCCGCUAUGCAACAAAGAGUGGGAGUUUGCGAAGAUUGAGAAAAUCCUACCGGGAGGCGGUGCGAUGGGCCUAGAGUGAGACAACUGCGUGGUGUGUUUGUGCGUGUGUGUGUUACACGUCUGUUACGAAUUUGUUUUCCCAAUCGUGGGGGUUGCAGGCAUGGGAAGUAUAGGGGAAGGGGGUAGGAGGGUUUCUGGGUAGGAGAUGCCGUUAGUUGUAAGCGCCUCUGAAUGCUAGAUAGGGGUAUACGUUAGGCUGGUUGAGCAAGCGCAUGCACCGCUGGAUGGGUGUGAUAUCAGCCAACAGCCCUAAGGACGUAAGUUGGACUAGGUGGGCUAGGUACGGGCUUAGGGAGCGAGGAGCUGGGUAGAGCAGGAGGAAUGUGUUGGGCCAGGAAGCUGCUAACGCAGGCACUGCUGCAAGCGCUGCUGCUGGUGGUGCUCGAUGGUGGUGCUGCAGGGCCCAUCCGAAGGUUGCAUGCGUCUGGGUACAUAGGGGGGAUUAGCGAGGUGAGGGGGCAGCGGAGGAGGAGCCGCACAACCACGCGUCCUAGCCCCGGAACGGGAAGUCCGCUCUACGUUUGCGUGUGUGGGGUUGUGUUGGCUGGCAUACUAUCGUUCGGGGGGCCGCUCGUGUUUUGCAGUGUUGGAUAGGCCGUUCCUAGGCGGCUUGGUCGUUCUGGAUUCGCGAGGUAGUGCGCUGCUGCCCGUUGCUGAGGCACAUCCUCAUACGUUUAUCGGUAGCUGUAUUCUGAGCGGUUGUGCCUGCUGGCGUUUCUUCGCACGGCUUGCUCUGCGCUGUACGUCCCUCAUAGGGACCCGUCGUGGGACCAAGAAGGACGGGACAAGGGCUCUCGGGGCAAGGGGGCCCCCGCGGCCCGCGCUGACGCGUGUUGCUGUGGUUCCUUCGCCUUGCGUCCUAAUGUGGGCAUGUGGUGAUGGUCUGCUGUGCGGCACGUCACUCGCUGGGUGGCUAGCAGACCAGGUGUUGAUUGGACAUGCGGCAUGCUGAGGAUGGCACGUUGAACAGGCGAGAGACUUCAUGACGUGCGUGCCGUGCGGGGUGCGUGUUAACAGAUGCGUGGUAUCAAAACUGGCCGCGAGUGUGCGGCUGCCGGG